AUGGCCGACGGCGGUGAGCUGAUGGGGCUGUGCACGUCGGCGGGGGGGACGGGCGACGGUGGUGGGCCGCCGAUCAAGCGGCUGCGGGGCGGCGGCGGCGGCGAGGCGGGCCGGGGGUGCGAGGAUGAGCCCGGGCUGCCCGGUCCAGGUCCGAAUGAGGGCGAGCCCAGCCACGCAUUCGCUUCAGGAUUGGUGCCGGGAGGAUUGGAGGCGGCGCUUGCAAGAAGAGGGGCGUCGAUGAGGCAGGAGGCAAGGGCCGCGGCGCCACAGGUGGGUCGCGUGGACCUCUGGGGGGAGCCGUCGACCUUCUUUGACAUCGCCAAUGAGCCCCUGGAUCUGGCGGAAGCAUCCCCUAGCCCCUCAGACAACCUGCAGUGGGCGCGAAAGAGCCAGCGCCAGUCCAGAACGUCAUCCAGACUCCCGCCAGAGGGCGCCGAACUGCUCAGGGGCAGGGCGCCGGAGUCGCCCUUUGGGUGGUGCUCGCCCCCGCCCCCCACCCUCCCUUCUUCGCCCCCUUCGGAGGUGUUUCAGUUUCCGAGGGGCCUUUCAUCGCCCCCGAGGGUGCGGCCCGUGAUGAGGCCGGGCCGGGGGGGGCGGGCCCCUGGGCCCGCGGGGGACCAGCGGUUCGGCUCCUGGGAGGACAUAUUGGACCCGGAAGAUGAGUUUCUGGAACUGGGGAUGAUUCAGGCCAGGGGGGGCCCCCCCAGGCCCAGCAGGGGAUCUGGGAGACCGUCGACGGCCGACGCCGGGACAUCUCUGGCGGAGCCCAGGUCGGAGUCUUAUCCCUGCGGCUUCUUUGAACCGCCUUCAAGCGAGGCAGGGGAGGGCAGUGGCGGCUUUCCUUCGAUGACCCAGCGCGCCUCCAGGGGCAUGGACUCGAGGCGGACAGCGCUUUUGGAGGCGGCAAGGGAACAGGCCCUCCAACAGACGAGGGAUGCCAUCCAGCGUCAUCGAACACAGCGUGCACAGCGAAUCCGCGAACGGCGCUCGUCACUGCGUGAAGAGUUUGGAGCACUCAUGAAUGCCCUCGGAAUAUUGCAUGCUCCGGAGGGUGGGCCUGACAGGGUGCGGGAAGGCCGGAGCAGCAUGUUCUCCAUGCAAGAGGCCAUGAUGGGUAUUGCGAGGUCCGGUUUGCCCCCGCACCUACUGUUCACAGACCGGGACUUCACUCCGGACGACUACGAGUGGCUGUGCCGGCUGGACGAGGGGGUCGAAAACAGGAAGGGGGCAGACGAGGACACCAUCAACAAGCUGGCGACUGUGGCGUACGCGGACGUUGAAGUUGAAGAUGCACAGGAAGAUGUGCAUGAGGAGGAUGAGGUUGAGGAGGUGGUGGUGGUGGACGAGGCCCAAGGGCUGAGCGACCCUGCCAGGCGAUGCCCCAUAUGCCUGGAAUGCUUCGGGCGGGAGGACAUGCUGCGCGUGAUGCCCUGCAAGCACAAGUACCACAUGGGCUGCCUGGACAAGUGGCUGAAGAUCAAGGCCACCUGCCCAAUCUGCAACCUAAACAUCAAGGGGGAGUGA